GGAGCAGUGUCAAGAUGGUCAUAUUAUGGAUGGUAUUGGUUUUUCUUCAUGAAGGCUAUUCUCUGGUUCCAGUGAAAACCGCUCAUCUUGGUGAAACAGCAACUUUAACGUGUGCUAGAACUACUAAAGAGAUCAGCAGUAGAGUCCAGUGGUACAAGCAGAGUGUCGGAGAUACUCUUAAAUUAGGUGUUACAUUUUAUGGAACUACAAAACCUGUGUAUACUCCAGAGUUUCCUGAGUCAAGAUUUGAGGCAAAAAUUGAUAAAAAUUUUGGCAACCUGACUAUUGUGAAGACAGUCCAAGAAGAUGAGGGCUACUAUCACUGUGAGCAAGGCAGUAGUGUUAGUAGUGAAUGGAGAGGGAUGUAUUUGUUAGUAAAAGGAAACACUCAGAGGUCAUCAAACUAUAUCGUUGUCCAAAAGCAGAUGGAAUCAAAUCCAGUUUAUUCAGGAGACACAGCGACUCUCGAGUGUUCAGUCUUCUCUGAUUCUGAGAACAAGACGUGUCCAGGAGAUCAUAAUGUUUUCUGGUUCAGAGCUGGAUCUCAUCCAAACAUCAUCUACACUGAUAGAAAAAGAGAUAAUGAAUAUGAGAACAGAUAUCACCCUCAGAAAAGAUGUGUUUAUCGCUUCUCUAAGAACGUCAGCUCCUCUGAUGCUGGGACUUACUACUGUGCUGUGGCCGCAUGUGGGGAAAUAAUAUCUGGAAAUGGAACUAUACUUAAUAUUCAAGAGCAAACAACACAACCAGUAUUUUUUCAAAUGACAAUAUUAAUAGCCUGUUUGGCCGUUUCUGUUAUUGGAAACGUUUUCUUCAUCUGCAACCGAAGGGUAUGUAAAAAAUGUAAAGGAAUACGAAAUGCUAUAUCGGAAGUACAAACUGACAACUUCCACCAACCAACUGAAGCUGAUGAUGAUAUAAACUAUGCUGCACUGAAUUUUUCUGCUAGAGAAACAAGAGUAAGAAAGGCAGAGUUUGCUGAGGACAAUGUGUUCUCUUAAAUGUUGAGUUGAAUGCUAAAGACAAUGUUGAGCAUGUCCUGAAUUUUAAAUAAACCUCACAUUAUGUUACAGAUCCCAUGCCUGUGACUGCUUUCUGUGUUUUUUUCUAAAUAAAGUUAUGUAAUUAGUAAUAUGAUUUGCGACAUAGACACCUGUGUAUUGGUAAAUUCAUAUGUUUUGUUCUGUAAUUGAGUUGCUUAUUUAUGUUAUUAUAUAUUAUGAUAUUAGUAACAAUAUCCCUCAAGUAGAUCAGUAGAAUCCUUCCAAAAUAUUAACUGAUGAAAAUAUAACUAAUGAAAACUGUGUAAUCAACAGUCUGCAGAAUAUAAAUGUUGCUAUUGUUUUAAACAACCUUCUUUGCCACAGAUUAGUAAGUUAUUAUUAGUAGUUAGUUUCCAUGUUGCAACAAAACUGCAAUUCUAAUAGAGAACAUUUCAAACUUAAAUUUAAAGGUAUAGGUUCAGGAAGCAUAAGCUUUGUUUUACUCUGAAGCAUACUUUCUGUGAAGUUGAAAUAAGGAAUAAAGACAAUAAACUGUGA